GUGCGGCCAGUCAUCUGAAGCCGCACCUCGAUGGAAUCAAAUGAAAUCAUGAGUGCCAAAAUUCCUUUACAACAGCGAACAUGUCGAACUACAAAAAUUGUUUAUGAAUCGUGAGUAGCUUAUUCGGUACUUACUUGAGAGCAUGUAGGAGAGAAUUUUAAGACUUAUAAUACUUCUUUGUAUUGCCUUGUCGCCUUUUGUAUAGUUUUGUACGUGUAACAGUAACUAGGUGUAUUUUUAUCCUUGUUUUGUGGAAACUACAAGAAAUGCCCGUGAAAGCCAAGCUGGUGCAGCAUGCGAAGAGAGUGUUGAUAUUGUCUUAAAGAUAUCCGAAAAGAGUGCAGUGUCGAUACGUUGAUCGGGAUUCGAUCCUGCGAACGACCCAGCAUGGAAAUCAGUGCGAGUCGAAUCUGCGGUCCCGUUCUUGGUUGGGUGCCUCACGAUUCGAAGGCUUACGUGUGUGUGCUGAUGGGAGAUCAGCAUCAGUCUGCCAUCGUCAACUUGCGUGAGAAGGUUGCAGUGAAUGUUCUUGGAACCAAAUCCAGUCGAGCUACGCCCAAUGGCAUGCGUGCCACGGUGUACCUGGACGCUUUCAGUAAGCCCAGUUCGAAGCAGUAUGAUCACAUUGAGGAAACUCUCCAAAGAUGGGCCAGCAACAUUAUUUUGACUCCUUCAAACAAUUCAGAGAUGUUUUCCAUGUCGUUGUACCUGUCCGCUUUAUCCUUGAAAACCCCUACGCUAAAAGAAUUGUUGAAAAAGAUUGACAAAAAUGAAGGCUUAGCAGAUAUAUUGGCUCGCGUGGAACGCAUCGAACAGUAUUCGCACGACGAGAGGAUUUCUGCCAUAAUUUCCGAUGACACCGAUACACUGAAGUUUACCAUUUGGCCGGAUCACAGGCAACGGUUCCCGGAAUACAUUCAAGAAGGGAUGAUUUUCUACCUGAAAAACGUCCGUUUUAAAUAUGGAACUUAUUUUGCAACAGCCUGGAAUACUUUUGUGUUUACGGAUCUGGAAAAUACACGAACUCAAUCCCUUAAAAGAACAUUUGCUGCUGGCGGAGCCUCCGCGCCGGGCACCCCAGUGAAGUCGGGAGCAAAACAGAACAACAAUGAAAACCUACUCACAUUGGAAGAUGUCGUAGAAAAAGCGACUGGAUUUUCUCCCGUAUCUGUUUCUUGCCAGAUAAAAGAAAUUCUGCCUGAUGGAUCAGGAUAUACUUAUCAAGGUUGCCAAAAAUGCAAUCGCAGACUGCAAGUUUCGGCGGAACAGCAGUUUACUUGUUAUGCUUGUAAGGUUUCGCAGGCGCUUCCAAAGCAUCGAUACAAGGUUAGGGUUGUGCUAACGGACGCAACCCCUUUGGUGGAAGUUGCGGCAUUCCUAGAUAACGAAGUUACAAAAUCUCUUUUGGGUAUGGCGCCGGACGAACUGUUUGGAAGGAGCGAACCUGAACAGUUAGCUUUACUAGAAAACGCAUUGAUCAACCCUCGAAAAUGGUUUACAAUGUGCAUCAGUGCUCCAGAGGACCUUGCCAAGGGGCCCACCAAGUACCGUGUUCUCUCUGCGAAGGAAAAUGCUACUGCUAUCGUUCCUGUUGAGCAGCCCGUACCCUUUCUCGUCGAAGAAGUAUACGACGUAGAAAUGAGCGGCGACACAUUUGCAAGUGCCUUCAAAAUGGCUGUCAUAGAGGCUGAGAAAACUGUUGGCAACAUCCAGCAAGUGGGAAUGGCAGAAAACUCAUCGCGGAAUGCAGCCAACCGUCAAGAUGCCCAAUUUUCUGAAAAUGGCAUGCCAGGCAGUUCUCAAGAUUAUUGCUUAACAAUGGAAUUUUCGCCUAGCAAGCGCAAGCGUCGCAACAGUGGUGAUCAAAACCGCGCUAGACAACCAUCGCCGGAAAUCCCGUAUUAUCCCAGAUUGAACGAAGGCCUUCGACCGCGAAAUCCUCAAAUCGGUCGAAACUACACAGAUGUAUGCGAAUCGUCUGAUGACGAAACGAUGUCACCCCGAAAGAAGCGCAGCUUGGGAAGGCGAGCUAGCGCGUUGGAUUCGGAUACCUCUGAUUCCGACAAUGAGGAGAAACGGAAGUUGGACAAGCUUGCUCAACAAAAGUCUUUUAUUGCAGGUCAUUAUACGUUGGCGAAAUAUGGCAGUGCUUAUUAUCCGGCAGUAAUUAGUCGUGUUCCUACGGCCAGAGUGGGACAUUAUUUGGUGGAGUUUUUGGACUCUGGCCGAAUCGAAGAAAUUUCGGAACGUGAUUUACUUCGUCCCUCCGUGUGGUUGAAGGAGCAUGAGGAGGUAUGGCUGUUUACGCAUAGCGACAGAUCGAUUGUCCGGGCGCCGGAACAUUACGAAUCGGGAGUAUUACUGGAACAACUAGACAGAACUGGACAGCCGCCACUCUUUAAGGUCGAAAUUACUCGCGUUAAGAAAGGGAAAGGAAGGUUCAAGAAGAUCUGCAGAGCAAGGUUUCGAGACGUUGCGAUCAACUAUGACCAGUACUUGGUUGCAAUUAAUCGACCCACAAAUGCUUCAAUUGGCGCUGAACCCGAUUUGGACAAUUCUGACGUUGACAGUGACUAUCCGAGUGAAACCUCGGUUUUAUCAGACGAAGAGCCAGCUAAUAGUGAUUUGGAUGGAGGCGGCGAAUCAGAUGGUGAAAUCGAAUUUAUCAAUGACCGUCCUCUGGAGGAUCCUGUCCCAUCCAGUUGCACCAGCAGCGGAGUGGCUACCGUGUAUUCUGAAGACAGCGACGAAGAGAGUGAAGGUGAAGAUGAUCAGCUGGAAGAGAACGAUAUCGCGUACGGAAAUAGUGACGAGGAAGAAGAUGAUGUGGUUGAUCAACCCGAUUUCAAGAGCGGUGAUUGCGUUUUCGCCGAAUGGACAGACCAGUGCUAUCAUGCUGGAGUGAUCGUUACCGGCUUUGAUGUUCAAGAAGCUGAAGACGCUGGCAACAGUACUGAACAAGGGAAUGAACACGAAAACACGGAAUACAGUGAAAAUCUGGAAGUUGAAGGCGUUGCAGAUACAGGCGAAAGCCUUGAAGAUCAGGUGGAAAAAGAUGCAAACGUUUACAAUGUGCUCUUUACCGGAGAAUCCGAGCCAAGAAAGUUGCACACCGAUUGCAUAUUUCCUCUGACAGAAGUUUUGAAAGGUGGUCGGGAAAUUUUCUAUUACGGUGGUAACGAUAAAGCGAUGAUAGAUGGAACCAUAGAUAAAGUUUCUGGAGAAGGAUCUGACACCAAAAUACGGAUCAAAUUCAAAAAUGGCAAACGCGAAACGUAUCCACUUGAAGAACUUUGCUUCACAGAAGAGGUUAUUUCUAAAUACCUUCGUUCUUGAGUUCCAUAAUUGAUUGUGACAGAUUCCAAGCAUUUUCUGUAGAUAGUUUAUCGUUUAUGUUCUGAAUCAUGCUUGCGGUUACGCGUUAUUUUUGGUAACACGAUCACUGCCUGUGCGCACAUUUUGUUGAGUUACAUUUUACGAAGUUGAAACGAGUUUAAGAGAUUUGAAAUUUUCAAUAGAUUUUUACCGUUAUAUCCUCUGUUGGCUAACGAUUGUUUUUUCGAAUUUCUUAUAAGCUGGAUUUCAUUUGUCCGUUGUGAUUUUGCCUGUUACGCUGAUUAAAUUCGCAGAAGCUUG